AUGGCAGAGGAAGGGGCCGCGGAUGAAGCAGAGGUAAAGAAAAAAGAUAAGAACGAAAAUCUUACUCAAGCCUUGGAUGACUUAGAAUUGAAAGUGGAACAUUUCAGAUUUAGGGCUCAAAAACUGGAGCAAGAGAGAGAAGAAUUGCUUCGAGAACUUGAACGUUUACAGUGUCAAUCUUCUAGCCCAACAAUCGACAUGUCUGAAGGGGAGAGAGAGGAGUUGAUAGGCAACACGGAGAGACUUAUUUACCGUUGUCUGACUGUUGACAUUACUGUGCAUACGGUUAGGACGCCAGCUCAGGAAGCUGCUCUUGGGAAGAUUAAACAGCUGAUAGCUGAUCUAGAUAAAAUGUUAAAGAUUGAGGAUGGGAUGGAUGUUAAGAGAAAGCUGUUGUCUUAUUUGAAUGCUAGCCUGCCUGAGGAGAUUGAAGGGCCCACGGAUCAAAAGUUUCAAGGGACGCUACUCCAGUGUACUGCAGAUGAUCAGAAAAAGUACAGGCGGAUGUUACAAGCCAGGGCAGAUCAGUUUCUCAUGCAUGAGGAUGCAGAUUCAUUGUCUGGCCUUCCUAAAUCAAAUGGGUGUGCUGAUAAGUCAGAUGCAACGUAACCUCAGUCGUUCAUAAAUUGUUUGUCUGAAAACCGUUUUCUGACUUUUAUUGUGCUCAAUUAAUUGUUUUACCAGGGAUAUGAUUGUGUCCAUUGACUUGAGUUAUAGAUAAGUAUUGCUCACCCAUUGCUUCCAUGAGCAUGUUAUGACUUGCUCUUACUAGUGAAUUGUACAUGGUAACUGGUUGACAUGCAGGUAUGUGAGUGGUAUCAUUUGUAUUUGCAUGAUUGGCCUAGUAGACAAACCGUUAAACCUUCCAAAUGGACCAUUUUUGUGUUAUAAUAAUGUUUUCAUUUACCUGAAUUAUGCAAAAUAUUAUUUGAGGACAAGUUGAUUGAACUGGCCAUUGAUACAUCAUUGUCUUAACCAUUUUAAGCUUAUUUUAUCCAAGGUAUUUGAGAAACGGAAAUGUAUUGACCAAACAAGAUGUACAAUGCACCCACAAGUGAUGACUGCGCUUCAAGAAAGUGACAAUUUGUCUAUGCAUAUAUACUGUUAUAAUGUAUUUACCAUGUUGUCAAUCCUUAGUUUUCAGAAGAGCACUUCAAAGAUUGUUUAAAGACACUUUGUUUGAUUUAUCAAUGCGAAUUAAGUUGAUAUAUUUUCAACAUACGUUCCAUAGUUUUAAUCUGUGAAAUUAUUUAAAACCCGCCAGCAACCUGCGGAUGGUCAUGAGUUUCCCCCAGGCUCUGCCCAGUUUCCUCCCAUCAUAAUGCUGGCAGCCGUCAUAUAAGUGAAAUAUUCUUGAGUAUGGCCUAAAACACCAAUCAAAUAAAUAAAUCUAUAUUUAAAACCUUGCUUUGAGCCUGUGAGACAAAUUUUAAGGCCUUGGUCUCCAUUUGAAAUUAUGUACCAUCAUCUUCUUGCACAAAAAUGUUAUUAAACUUUUUGUCUUCAUAUGUGGAUUGUCCUCUUACAUCAGUUUUAGGCUUAAACAGGAAAAUAUAAAAGAUUAUUUUUAUUCCUUGCACAGUAGUUAAAUAUUUUUGCCAUUUGGAGUAUAAUAUCUGUAAAACAUUUUUUUUAUGUUAGGUACUUUUUUCUUAUUCUUAUUCACUUAUUUCUAAAAACUGUUUUAUCAUUAUUAUGGACAAAAAUCGCAUGCAGAUGCACUGAUAAUUCAAGAUCAUGCCAUUCUCUUCUGUAAAUCUGAAUAUAAUUAUUUGUGAGUUAACACAUAAUCCAUUGUACCUGUGAUGAUGUAUUUAGUUGACCAGAAAUCUUUUCCAUUCAGUGAUGUUCUUCAUUUCAUUCAUUCCUGAGUCAUCAGGUAAAAAUGUGGAGAGAAUACAAGAUACUCUGAUUUUAAGAAAUGUAAUUCACUACAGUCUCUACACAUUUUUAACAUGUUGUAUAAAUUUUAAAGUUCUGAGCAUUAUGUAUGAGGACAUUUACCAACAGUGGCGUGCAGUAACAUGUAUUUGUGAUUAUUACACAUGGUUUCUGUUGAUGUCAAACCUGGGGACUGCAUUUAGCCUCUUGGGAUCUUCCUGGUUAACUAUAUACAAGUAUAGCCACUACUGAAGCUGUGUUAUGGUUUAUUUGUGAUGCUUACAUGUAACUGUGACUAUAUCAAUAUCGAACUGUUUUGUUUGUGUUUCUAUAAGAUUUUAUUAUUCUUACAACAAAUUAAAAAAAUGC